AUGGCUGAUUCAGAGAAGCUUAACCUAGACAAUAUUAUUGCGAGGUUAUUGGAAGUGCGAGGGUCCAAACCAGGCAAGAAUGUUCAACUCACAGAAAACGAGAUCAAAGGUCUCUGCAUGAAAUCUCGCGAAAUUUUUCUGAGCCAACCUAUACUAUUAGAGCUCGAAGCACCAUUAAAAAUUUGUGGUGAUGUACACGGACAGUACUAUGAUCUGCUGCGACUGUUUGAAUAUGGAGGUUUCCCUCCCGAGUCUAACUACUUAUUCCUUGGAGAUUAUGUCGACAGAGGAAAACAGUCUCUUGAAACAAUCUGUUUAUUGUUGGCUUAUAAAAUAAAAUAUCCUGAAAACUUCUUUUUGCUUCGUGGUAACCAUGAAUGCGCAUCCAUUAAUCGUAUUUAUGGUUUUUAUGAUGAAUGUAAACGUCGUUACAACAUUAAGUUGUGGAAAACUUUCACUGAUUGUUUUAAUUGUCUUCCCGUUGCUGCUAUUAUUGAUGAAAAAAUUUUCUGUUGCCACGGAGGUCUUUCUCCUGAUUUGCAAUCCAUGGAGCAGAUUCGUCGGAUUAUGAGACCAACUGAUGUUCCGGACCAAGGACUUUUAUGCGAUCUUCUCUGGUCAGAUCCAGAUAAGGACGUAACUGGCUGGGGCGAAAAUGACCGAGGUGUUUCCUUUACAUUUGGACCUGAAGUUGUUGCUAAGUUCCUUCAUAAACAUGAUCUCGAUCUUAUUUGCCGUGCACAUCAAGUUGUUGAAGACGGAUAUGAGUUCUUUGCCAAAAGACAACUUGUCACGCUCUUUUCUGCCCCAAAUUAUUGUGGAGAGUUUGACAACGCUGGCUCCAUGAUGACAGUCGAUGAAACUUUAAUGUGCUCUUUCCAGAUUCUUAAGCCAGCUGAUAAGAAAAAGUUCGCUUACGGAUCAGGAGGGGCUAACCGACCCAUAACACCUCCUCGGGGUGGAGCACCUGUUGCUGCUCAAAAAAAAGGCGGUAAAAAGUAG